GUCGCCUCAGUUGGAGUCGGGCGCUCGAAGGAGGUGGUUGACCUGGCAGUGGUUACCGACAGAGAACCAGUUGAACGCGCCUUUUCCCCCCCAGAAGUCGCGAGCGGCGCCUUGACCGACAACCGAGUGGGCUUUUUUACUUAUUUCAUUGUUGGCGUGCGGAAUUCGGAGCGUCUCUUCAGGCGUUUCCUCGUCUCCGCUUCCUUACUCUAAUGGCGGUGACCAACGAAGCAGAGCUCUCCCCUCAGGGACCUCCGCGGAGCCAGGAGCCAUCCGACUGGCACCAGAAUCCUCACCAAAUUCAUGGAAGUUGUGAGAAGAAAGGGAUUUCUGAAGCACUUGAUGUAAUUGGGACUGGACAGCAGAAAGCAGAAGGUGCGUGUUCUAAAAUUUCUGAAAAGCAGAGAGAGAGCAAGAGGACAGAUGAGAUGACAGGGUUCAUGGAUGACUUGACUCUGAGCUCACCUAAAGAGAGAUCUCCUUCAUGUUCAAGAAGCAGCUGUAGCAAGCGAUCCUCCUCAGUACCAUCCAGUGAUUCAUCUUAUAGUUCAAGAUCUAGUUCAAGUAUUUCAUCUUCCUCCACAAGCUGGAGUAGGUCAAGGAGCAGAUCAAGGUCAUGUGCUAAAAGGAAUUGUUCUCGGAGAUACAGACGAUACUCAAGAUCUUAUUCCAGGAGCCGCUCAAGAUCACGCAACUACAGAUAUCGAGAAAGGUGCCACCCUAGAUACUACAGAAGAUAUCCUCGCUCACCUCCAAGAUAUCGAUCACGGAGCCGAUCUCCUGUUAGAUCAUACUAUAGAAGGUCUUACUCCAGAAGUAGAUCAAGAAGCCGAGGAUACUAUAGGUUUGGAAGAACCAUAUGUCCCGAAGCUUAUAGAAGGUGGAGAAGCCGUUCCCGAACAAGAUCUCGCAGUAGGACUCCUUUUCGCUUGACAGAAAAAGAAAAGAGAGAACUACUGGAAAUAGCAAAGGCUAAUGCAGCUAAAACAUUUGGAAAAGAAAUAGUCUUGCCAGCCAGUUUAAGAAUUGAUACAAAAUCCAAUGAAAAUGGAAAGCCAAAAGAGAACAACUUAGAUUUUAAGCAGACCAACAAACAAACAGAAGAUGAGAGAAAUGGAAUUGAGAUGAAUUCUGCAACGAAGGGCGUUACUCUUUGUCCUAAUAAUAUAAUGCCAAGGCCACUGGCCCUGAAAUCAGCAAGUCUACAUUCUGAAGAUGUAGUAUCCUCAGGAAGAGAAGAGAAAAAAGAGGGCCCUAUUGGCCAGUGGAUUCCUGUCAAGAAUGAGGAAAAUGUCCUGUUUCAUAACAUUUCAUCUAAACGUACAACCUUCAGAGCACGCUAAUAGUUCUGUUCUGGUUAAUAGCAUCUGAAAUAGUAUGACAUCUGAAAUUUCUCAGUUUUGGGGUUUAAAUGUAGGUUAUCUCAUUUGAAACUAGAAUUUGUUUUUCAGAUAGAAAAUGGAGCACAGAGGCCCAAAGAAUACAGGUAGGAUUUUUGCUUUUCUGUAAAUAUUUCUUCUUGAUUGAAAUGCAUUAUGUCACAGACAGGAUAUCUUAUUGAAAUAAAUCUGAUAGCAGUUUUCAGUGUGUAAUAUAUGAAACAUAAGAACAAAUAAACUUUUGUUUUAUAACUUGUAUUACUUCUGAGUCAGCACUUUAAACUCUGAUUUAUGGCUCCUGCUUGUAAUUCAGUUUACUUAUGUAGUUGUAUGUUUCCCUUUGGCAAGAAUACUGCUAUAUUUUGCAGUUAGCACAAAAGGCAACAAAAGGUGCAGUCAGUGAACUUCUAGUAUUGACAUGUUAAUCCUUGCCUGUUGUGGAGGCUGCAUAAAUUACUCUCCCUGCACUUUUAUAAGACUUUUCUGAUAGGAAAUCUAAAGUUUUUACUUAGCUGUGAAUAAGCUUGACAGGAAUAACAUUUACAUUUAAAUAGGUCAUGCUUCAAGCAGAAAGGGCUGAUUAGGGCACGCUUAGGUUGUACUUGAUAUGCCAUUGAUUAUCCUUUACUUAAUCUCAUAGCUUGUAUAAAUACUGUGUUAUAGCUAAAUGUUUUUGAAUUGUAUGACAUUACAAUGGCAUUCAAGAAAAAAUGGCAUUCAAAAAUAGUCCAGGAUUAAUUUAUACAAGUGGCAUAUUUUCAAUUUUCAUAAAGAACUUCUGUAAUAGUGAAUUUCAAAUAAAAUUUGAAUAUUGUA